CAGCGCCCUCCGCCGCACCGGACUCACGCGGCGGGUCACUGUUUUGGUGCGCUUACGGUGUCUGUGCCGUGCGAUCCUUCGCCAGUGAAAGUUGUGCGCACGUGCCGUAACCUUGGCUCAAGCGGGACGCGGGUGCUGCCGCGUUGGGGCCCGCGGCGGCGGCGGGCGGCGGCGCGAGGGCGCACUGGGGCUCUCGGCCGCGGAGGGCCGUCGCUCCUCAGAGGCGCCAGCGGGCGGCGCUCGGCGUGAGGCGAUGGCGAUGGUGCGCGCAACGAACUCGCUGUUCGUGCGUCGGCUGAGCUCUCAGGUGUCCGAGGCCUUCCUGCGGCAGCUCUUCUCGAAGUGCGACGAGAUCGAGCGGAUCAUGUUCAAAUCCUUCCCGGGCCGCAGCACGGAGUUCUACGCUCAGAUCGAUUUCAAGAGCUCCAGGGGCGUCGUGGAGGGCCACAAGCUCAGCGGCACGCCCUUCUUCGGCGUGCCCUGCGAGGUGUCUGUCAUGGACCCUGGCCAGAAGGACACCAUGAAGUCGCUAGAGGAGCAGAGGGAGCAGCAGGCUUGCGCGACGCUCGCACUGCGUGGGCAAGAGGAGGAGGAGGCCCCCGCCGAGCCGCAGGGUGUUCAGGCUGAAGCCAUCAGAAAAUACAGGGAAACGUCCGAGGACAAGCGGCUGCGCACUGUGCACGUGGCAGGCCUCGAGAAGGGCGUGGAGGAGGAGGCGCUGAGGGUCCUGCUGACGAGCAAUUUCGGCGCCGUCGAGAACAUUCGGCUCGACGAGGACGACCAUGGCGAUCCGUUCGCGCUCGUGGAGUUCAAGGACCGCGGCGCGGCCACCGCCGCCAAGAUGCAGCACCAGGUCGUGGUGGACGGCAGGGUCUUCGCCUUCUCCGAGUCCAGAACGCUCAUCAACACGAUGGCGUUCACCGAGGAAACAGUGUACUUCACGACCCCUGAGGCGAUGCGGCCACCCACGUGGCAGGCAGCGCUGGCGCUGAAGGAGAAUCUGACUCCGAAGAUCGCGAAGGCGCGCGCGGCGGCGGCUGAGAUCGCCCAGCAGCCGCUGGACGAGGAGACCAAAGAGCAGCUGGCGAUUGCAGAGGGGCUCAAGCAGGCGCCCGAGUUCCAGUGGGCCGGGCGGUCAGAGAAGGAUCCCCUCGUGCCUCGCCGCCGGCACCGCUCCUGGGGAAGACACGCCAGGGAUAGGGGUAGCUCGCGUGGCUCUGAGGACAGACACCGCGACAAAAAGAAGAAGAAGGCGAGGAAGGGCCGAUCUGGUAGCACGGGUCGGGACAGAGACGGCGAGGAGGGUGCGGAGGGUGACGACGAGGGCCCUCCGGUGGACCUCGAAGAGGACGAGGGGCUCGACUUGGCCGUGGUCCCGAACACGGAGGUACUGGCAUGCUCCUCUCAGUCAACCUCCGACGACGAGGAGGACCAGGCGCCAGGCGUCGCGAGGAGAGCUCGGGCCGCCGUGGUCUCGGAGGAGGCAGGUGGGGCCGUGUCCCGCAGCGGCGCCCGGGCUGCAGGGCCAGCGCCGGCCGAGGCCGCUGCGCCGACGGUGAGCAUUGACGUCCUAGACGCACCUGCCGCCCCGGCCGAGCCGAUAGCCGUCCAGGACGUGCCGCCGCCGCCCGCGGAGCCCAUCGCCGUGCCUGACGUGCCCCCGCCCCCGCUGCACCCCAUCCGGCUGGACGAGGACGAGGCCCCGCCCAGAGGAGCCGACCACCCCGCCCCAGGAGCCGCGCCCCUGGCGCCCGCCGCUGCGAGAGGCCUGGCCUCCUCGCCGGGCGGCCUGCCGCUCGAGGCCGCCGCCAGCAGAGCCACGCCUGCAGUCGCGGCCGCUGCCCUGCCUGGGCAGGCUCCGGACGCCGCGCUGCGGGCUGCGGAGGCGCCGCCGGACUCGAGGAGAGCCCGCAGGCUGGCGGCGGUCCGCCGCGCCGCGGCAGCGGCUCGGCUGAGGGCCUCCGGCGCCGAGCUGCAGCGGUGGGAGUGUCCUUCCUGCGGUGAGCCCAACAAGCCCUCGAGAGAGCUGUGCAACAACUGCGACGCCCCCGCGCCCUGGCUCGGCCAGAUCAGCGACGGGGACUCCGACGCCAGCAGCUCGAACCAGAGCGCCUCCGCCGACGCCGGCCCGCAGAGCGUGGAGGGCAGCCCAGUGAAGAGCGUGGGGGAGAGCCCUGCAAGGAGCGUCGCGGGGAGCGGCUCCGCGCGCAGUGUCUCCGACGUGCCCGAGAUGGACGUGGACGACUCCAGCUCGAGUGGCGAGGAGGCACCACUGGCCAAGCUUGGGCAGGUGUCGAAGGAAGACGGCAUUCAGUGGGAGGCGGACGUCGUCCGCGGAGAGCUGGCGGACGCGCGAGCCCGCAUCUUCCAUGCAGGCGCGGAAGACGACUGAGGGCGGGCGCGCCACGCCGCAACUCGGGCCCGAGCUUCUAGCCCAGGCGUCUGCCGCAACGGGCGCGUGCGCCGCGGGGAGGGCGCUGCGGCGCGUCUCGCUGCUCGGGAAAAAUGUC